UGGCGCCGGCGAAAUCGAUUUCUCCUGCAACGGCGGCGGCGGAGGCGGAAGCAGCGGCUCUGGCAGCGAUAGCGGAAGUGGAAGCGGAAGCGGAAGCGGCGGAAGCAGCGGUUCUUCCAGCCCGCCAAAGUCUCCCCCAGCCAGCCCCCCACCCGCCAAAUCCCCCCCUUCUAGCCCGCCCCAUGACAAUCCUCCCGCCUCUUCGUCCCCAUCCUCCCCCUCCUCCUCUUCAUCCUCAUCCUCCUCUUCUUCCUCUUCCUCCUCUUCCCCCUCUUCUUCCUCCUCUUCCUCCUCUUCCUCCUCUUCCGACUCCUCAUCUAACUGGUGGGACGCCUACACCUCUUCGUCCUCCUCUUCCCCCUCGGGUUCCUCCUCUUCCCCUUCAGAUUCGAUUGCAUCGACUAAGAGCACCGACAGCAGCAGCAGCGCUGACAGCAGCAGCAGCAUCAGCAGCACGGACAGCAGCAGCGGCUCCGGAGGCGGAAGCUCAGGGGGUGACAGCGGCAGAAGCAGCAAGAAAAGCAGCGGCAGCAGCAGCGGCGGUAACAGCGGCAGUAGCAGCGGCAGUAGCAGCUCCGAUCAAUCUGCUUCCUCGUCCUCGUUUUCCUCCUCUACUGCUGCCUCCUCCGGUUCUGCCUGCCCCGCGUCCAGCCUGGCUGGAUACACCUACUCCACGCCACUCAAGGGCUCAGAUUUUGUCCUGCACUGGACCGCACCGACCAACGGGCAGCUGGAUAUGGCAAUGGAGGCGAAAUCCGGCAGCGGCGCGGCGAAGGGAUGGAUGUCCGUCGCAUGGUCCGCCAACGGAGGCAUGGCCGAGAGCACAGCCGUCAUCGGCAACAUGGACGGCGGGAACGUUGCUGGUUACCACAUUACCGGUUACAGCAUGAGCACCGUGAAGGAGAACGGGAUGGACAUUGGCGGGGACGCGGGGACGAGCAACGAAGGCGGAUCGACCGUUGUGAAGUUCCUGCGACGCGAGAGCGACGGCGGGGAGGUGAAGAUUAAUCUGAGCGGGAAGAAUAAGCUCGUGUGGGCCUACUCCACGGGGUCCAAGUCUCUUGGCUAUCACGGCGGCAACUUCCCCUGCUCCCCCUCUUCCUUUUCCCCCCUGUUCCACUCAUCCGUUCCCCCACCCCUCCCCCGCUCUUGCGCCUGCCCCUCUUCCCCCUCUCUCCCCCAUUCCAGUGGAAGCCUCACUGUCGACUUCUCCUGCCAGUCCGCACCUGGGGGGGGGGGCGGUGGAGGCGGGGAAGGGGAAGGAGGGGAAGGAGGGGAAGGGGGAGAAGGGGGUGAAGGUGAGGGCGGGGGCGAAGGGGGAGGCGGUGGUGGUGGUGAGGGCGGUGAGGGUAGUGGCAGCAGCGGGGGCGAGGGCGGCGGAAGCAACGGGGGAGAGGGCGGCGGGAGCAAGGGGGGAGAGGGCGGCGGGAGCAAGGGGGGAGAGGGCGGCGGGAGCAAGGGGGGAGAGGGCGGUGGGAGCAAGGGGGGAGAGGGUGGCGGGAGCAGCGGGGGAGAGGGUGGCGGGAGCAAGGGGGGUGAGGGCGGUGAGGGGGGUGAGGGCGGUGAGGGGGGUGGGGACGAAGGGGGUGAGCAUGAGGAGGAAGGUGACGAUUGA